UGACUCUGCUAUUUCCUGUUUCUGUCUUUCUGAUAUUGCCGUUGUUGGGAUUGUGUUGUGUGGUUGUUGUUUGGAUUUGAAGCCAAGCUAGUAGAUUGUUAAGCCAAGCGAUCUUUCUUUUCAAACACUUUAAUGUAUGAGCUUGCUGAGAAAUUCUUCUUCUUCCAUAGACUGGAGGGAGGCAUUAUCCCCCUUUUUUUUCAUCUUCUUGGUAUGAAGUUCCUAGGAUUGUUCUUGUGAUUCUGCUGCAAGCACAAGAUAGUUUUAACAAUUGCGCAAUGUUUGAAUUCGCAGGUAAAACGAUUGGAUGAGAUAGUGGGUUGUAGGCUCCUGGAUUUUACUCAUGGAGAAGAGGAAAUGGUUGUGGAAGAAAAAGCCCUCAGAAAGGGGUGGAGAGAGUGAGAGUUCGGGUUCAAUAUCAUCUCAUUCAGAGAGGUUUUCAGAUGACCAGUUCAAGUAGGAUUGAUGCAAUAGGCUCUCUUUGCAAAAUUGUGGAACUCUGAAUGGUUUCCAGAGGAAAUGAUGUGAUCGAUUACAAGGAAGCACUGAAGGCUUCUCCUAAGGAUGACGGUCAAUCUCCUGAAAUCAUCUCCAAAAUUGCAGAUGGGGGUGAUGAAGAAGUUAAUGAAAGCAUAAAAUGUUUAACAGAGAAGUUAUCAGCAGCCCUUGUGAACGUGAGUCAGAAAGAUGACUUGGUUAAACAACACUCCAAAGUUGGUGAAGAAGCUGUUGCAGGCUGGGAAAAGGCUGAGAAAGAAUUACUGGUUGUCCAGAAACAGCUUGAAGCAGCAACACAAACAAAAUCUCAGCUUGAAGAUCGAGUAAGCCAUCUCGACAGGGCCCUCAAGGAGUGCGUUAGGCAGCUAAGACAGGCACGUGAUGAGCAGGAAGAAAAAAUACGCGAGGCAGUGGCAAGCAAAGCAAAAGAAUGGGAAACAAUUAAGUCUGAGUUAGAGAAUCAGCUUUUUCAGCUAAAGAUAGAUGUAGGGUCUGCUACUGCUUCAAAACCAGAGUCACCACCUCAAGUCAACCCUGAUCUCUAUCACAGGCUUGAAUAUUUAGAAAAAGAGAAUGAAACACUAAGGCUUGAGCUUCUGUCUCAAUCUGAAGAACUAGAGGUUAGAACAAUCGAAAGGGAGUUGAGUACUCAAGCUGCUGAAAUGGCCAGCAAACAACAUUUGGAGAGCAUAAAGAAAGUGGCCAAGCUUGAAGCUGAGUGCCGAAGACUGAAACCCUUAGUUUCUAGAUCAUCCUCCUCACUUAAUGAUCAUCACAAAACAUCAGCCACUUCCUCAGUUUAUCUUGAGUCCCUCACGGAUAGCCAUUCGGAUAGGGGGGACGGGCUCAAUGGAUUGAUCUCUGAACUCGAUCAGUUUAAGAAUGAGAAGACUGUUGGUAACAGGAAUCUGCUGCCGGUGGUAGCAUCAGCUGUUAAAAUCAAUCUCAUGGAUGAUUUCCUCGAUAUGGAAAGGCUAGCUGCGUUGCCUGAGAAUGCAAUGGAAAUUAAUAAUCACGUUGAAUCAGCUGUGAAACAGUCGACUGAUCAUGCAGAAAGCUUGUUGAGAGAUGAGCUAAAGAUUGCCGUUCGCCAGGCAGCUGAAUUGGAAGCCAAGCUGAAUGAUCUGCAACAAGUGAAAGAUGAACUAGAGCAAGGUUUGGUGAGCAUGAGAGCAGAGAAAGCUAAAUUGGAAGAAAGUCUGGAGAGAAUCGUUCAAGAGAAAGCCCAAGUUGAAAGUAACUUGGAAGAAAUAGAGUCAGAAAAAGCAGAGAUGGAAACUGCUUUAACUACAAGUCUAGACAAGAAUAAAGCAUCAGCGAGCCGAUUGCGGGAAGUCCAACUCAAGUUAGAGGAAGUCCAAAGCCAGUUGUCAUUUGCAAAAGAAUCGAAGCAAGAGGUCGAAUCUCAUCUUUGGAGCUUGGAAGCAGAAUAUCGUACCUUGUCAGCUCAGGUUUCCACCUUGGAAUCCGAGCUUGAGAAGGAAAGGGCUAUGUCUGCAGAGUUAAGUAUCAAGUAUCAGUACCUGGAAGAAGAGCUUUCCAUGAAGAAAGAGGAGUUCGAGCACCAGCAGCAAUCAAUAAACAUGAACAAUGCACCAAAGAUAAAACAGGAGGACCUAGCUUUAGCAGCGGGCAAGCUUGCAGAUUGCCAAAAGACAAUAUUGUCUCUGGGGCAGCAACUCAAAUCUCUAGCAACACUUGAAGACUUCCUGAUAGAUGCCAGCAACAUCCCCGAAAUCUCUGUGCAUAGUAGCUCUGAUAAGAACCGAAAUGGGUUUGCCAAGUUUUUCUCCAGGAGCAAGAAUGGAAUUCAGCUGGAACUUUAGUGUGCAGGGAAAAAAAGAGGUGUACUGAGAUUUGAUUAUAUGAUCGUGUUCAAUCACAAGCAAAAGAUAGCAAAAGCAAAGAUGGGGUGAGAGAGGCUCGAACUCUCGACCUCAGGAUUACUAUUAAGCUAUGAGACCUACGCGCUAACCAACUGCGCCACCACCCCUUUCAUGAUUGACAAUAUAGAUUAUUAUAAUCGUUCCUAGCCAUGCCCAGCACCUACCCUCUUGUACCACUAAGAAAUAAGAAUAUGUCUAUGAUACGUGUUCUCUAGCAUUAUCAAUUUGUUUCACAUCUCGUCCCUAAUACUUUUUCUGUUGCUUAGUGGUCACUUGAUUUAAACAUGC